AUGGCCAUGAGAUCUGUCGUUUCUCGCAUCUCUUUCCGUCGUUUUAUGGAAACCUCUCGAAAAUCAACUUCUGCAGGUCUUCGUUACUUCAGCGAUGGCAAAGGUCGAAUCCUUAGCGAAGAAGAACGUGCUAAGGAGACCGUUUACAUUCAUGUUCUCCCUCUUUCUCUCUCCUCUGAUGCAUUUAUGAUGUUUUCUAAUAGUUAUCAAAUAUAUUGUGUUACUUAUGAUUAUACUAUGGACGGCUACGAUGGAAAAAAUACCCAUCUGACAAUCUUCCCAUCCCAUUCAAUUCUGAAACCAUGAUGAUUGCCCAUUUGUAAUGAGUUUAAGUAAUGCUUUUAUAAAUUUCAUGAGUAGUUUCAGAAACAAUAGUGAGAGUUGAUAUAAUUUUGGAGGAAACUACCCAAUAAAACCAUUUUCUGUAAUUAAAUAGUUUAGAAUUACUGAACACCAUGGAGACCUUCUCCUCUCUAAUUUGAUUGUUGUGUAUUGAUGGAUAUGUAUACUGAUGGUUUUUUUUUUUUGCGAAGAAAUUGGGGAGGGAGAGGAUUCUUUUCUUAAUGGAGUUUCUAUUUUUGUUUUUUUUUUUUUAAUUUGUGUAUUUUUUUUAAUGGGUUUUGUGUUUUUGGGUGUGAAGAAAAUGGAGAAGGAGA